AUGGCCAUGGAAGCCUGGGAUCGCUUGCGUGACAUCUUCCAAGACCAUCAAAACUCCCGUGCCGUUAUGCUCGAACAAGAGUUUUCCACAACUAGGAUGGAAGACUUCCCGAACACGUCUGCGUAUUGUCAAAGGCUCAAGAGCAUCUUCGAUCAGUUAAAAAAUGUGGGGGCUUCGGUUUCCAAUUCCCGCCUUGUUCUUCAGCUUGUUUCGGGUCUCACCGACGCAUUCAAGGGUGUGGGAAUGCAGAUUCGCCACAGCAAACCAUUUCCUCCUUUCACCGAGGCGCGCUCAUCAAUCGUUCUGGAGGAACGAGAACAGGCGAUGCAGACGGUCCACUCUACUCCUUCGGCGAUGGUGGCUGCCACAGGUGGCGAGGGUUCGACUUCUAUUUUUGAUAAUACUCACUCGUCUGGUCAUGCUGUGACUAACAGGGGAAAAAAUAACAACAACAAAGGCCGCAAUUCUGGCCGUCGGAACGGCGCUGGCCGUGGAAACGGUGGCGGCAAAGGCAGCCGUGGCGGCAGCCGUGGUCACAGUGACGGAAAUUCCCAGCCACCGCCAGGCAGCUGGCUGCGUCACCCGUCUCCUCACCCGUGGCAGCUUCCAAAUUAUGCUUGGAGAUGGAUGCCACAAUGGGCCGUGCCACCUUGCCCGUAUCCGUCAACUUGGCCGACGUCUUCGCAAGGCCCCUCGGCCAAACAGCCGGGAAUUCUCGGCCCUACUCCCCAGCCUCCGCAGCAGGCAUUUGCUGCUGCCCCGUACCAGCAGAUGUAUGCCCCAUCUUAUGCUCCAACGGACAUCGAAUCAGCAAUGCAUACGAUGACUAUGAAUCCUCCGGACCAGAAGUGGUACAUGAACACCGGUGCCAAAUCUCACAUGACAUCCACGAAUGGUUUUUGCUCCCAAAAUCCCCUCAAAACACUGAAUCCUCUUCCCUUAAAACACUCUAAUCAGAUCCUCUAA